AUGAGACCUAACCACACCUGUGAUAGUUGUAUACGCAAGAAACGCAAAUGCGAUCGUCUUAAACCCUCUUGCACUCUAUGCCGGCUUUCUGGAAUCGAAUGUAAUUACAAGACUUAUACCAAGCCCGCCACUACUCGUCAGACACUAGAAAAUAAAGUUGCUUCUGCUCAGCCUGCCAGCACCAUGAGUAAUAAUAAAAGGCAUGAACUACUUUCUACUGAAAAACCAGCACUGGCCCAUCAGGAAGCCUUGUUUUCUUCUCAGCUGCCCAUCACUAGCGACGCUGCACUUCUGCAACACUUGCAAGAAACUUCUAUUGAUGCGGCCAUAUCAAUGGCUACCACCAGUACACAUAUGAACCUUGCUAAUCCUCAUUUUGGCUACUCUACAUCCAAUCAGCAUUCAUUUCACUCUUUGAACUUUCGACCCUCUACUUCUGCUCACAACACAGUAUCGUCUUUUGAUGGAAUACCGAAAAAUUUGUUAACUGCUAGCUCAACCGACCAUCAAGCUGUAUUAGCCAUCUCAGAUACGUUCUAUACAUAUGUGCGUCCUCAUUUGGUAUUCUCUUCAGAAGCCUAUCUGCGGAAAAUUCUACCUACUAGUAACUUUGCCAUAUGUGCGGUCAAUGCACUAUGUGCUCUAUGGUCGCAUACUGCCCAAGGUAUGGCGUUGGCUAAAGCGCUGCAUAAGGAGGCAAUCUCUCAUUUGGGAGAAGUAUUGAGAAAUCCCAAACCUGCAGACGCUCUUGGCAUGUCGCUUUUAUCUUUAUGUACCGGCAGAAUAUCUACCAACAACGAAAUUAAUCAUUAUCUGGCCAUGUCAAUUAGAAUCUCAAAAGAUAUGAAUCUAAGCACAGAGGAGGGGAUUGAUGCUCUUGCUUCCUCCGAAUCUGAAAAAGAUGACCUGAGAUGUAUCUGGUGGAGCGUUUACCAAUUCAACCAUUUUAUAAGCAGUUCCUGCAAUAUGGAUAUGUUGAUCAAUGACGAAGAUUGUCUACUGCAACUUCCUUCAGAUAAAUCGAUUUCACAACAACUGCCGCAUGAUUUGGACAACCAGAUGGACAUUGCUGUCAUGUCGCUUUCUGGAUGGUACACUCCGCCCAUCGAAAACCGAGGGCUGCUUGCUAAUUUGCUUAUCAUUCAAAGGAUUCACAGCAAAAUUUCGCAGUUUAGCGUACAGUCUCGCAACGGUACACUAUCAGGAGUAGCCAGGGUUCAAGCACAUAUGCAAUUGGAGGCAUCGUUAUUGGCGUGGUAUAAAGCAUUGCCUAAAUCAAUUCAAACUGAUGCAGCUUUUCAAGACGGAAAUCCACCGGAGCAUUCGGUAGAUGGAUGGCGCCCUAUUGUUCUUCAAGCCAUGUAUCAUGCGGCCCGUAUUAAUUUAUGGAGAAACUUAUUUGCAGACAACGUGCUAGAAUUUUCAGCGUCUGAAUCUACAAACUCAAAAUCGCACUCGACUUAUCAAGUUCGAUCUAAGCAAAGACGGCAGCCGCAUGCCUUGAUGACAGAAUCAAAAGCAAUACGAGAAUCUAUUCAAGCUGCACAAACUUUUGCAUCCGAUUUGGUAAAGCCUAUGCUACGCUACAAUGCAUCGUCCUGUAUCAGCCCAUUUUUUGUACAUGGUAUUUUUUCCUCUGCUGUGUGUCUUGUUACUGCACUCAAGCUUCCCUUUCGACUAGAAGAAACCACGCAGAUUGCUUCAUCUUUGGGGACUCUAAUGAGUGGCUUGCAGUCUGUGAGUAGAUUUUGGAGAUUUGGAUAUUUUGAGUUGGACGUUAUUGAGCAGCUUGCUACCUUUCCAAAUGCUGCAGCAAUUGCCGCUCUAUUCGGAGAUUUACAGUUUCCGAAAAUACUCCGACAAAAGGGUCAUCAUGCAUUAAGGGCCAUGAAAGAAACUGAAUAUUGCAGUGCAUACAGAAUUGAUCCUCGGGACAGCUUCGACACUGGUAUAAAUACGUGUACGAUCGAAUCCUUGUCCCCUGGCGAUGAUGCCAGUGGAGGCGGUGGGGUUGGAUCAUGUGGGGCCAGCAGUACAAGCUACAACACAGGCUCAUCUACAGAUUCACCCAAUCAUCGUUUAAGCAGCACAUUGCCAGUCCAGACUGACAUCUAUGCUACCACUUAUACUGCUGCGUCUGAUUCAUUUGCCUCUACGGAUGUGGUCCCUACUUCCAGUGAGGGCGAGUUUAUGGCUGCCAUGGCAAUGGCAUCUGGUAUCAUGAGCAAAAAUGCAUUUUCAGAGUUGGUGACGCAACCCACAUUGCAACAACUGAUGCAUUUUAAACCACACAUGACUCAAGAUCCAACACAACAUACUGCUCACAACCCCAUUCCACCCAUGCAUUCUUGUCAGAAUUUGGCUCAACAAUCAAAUUCUGACCACACCGAGUUUUUUCAGCUUGAUAGUCAAGUGUUUCCUUCAGCUCCCGAGUGUCUGAUGCCUCUUGACGAUCUGUUUUUAUUUCAAUAAACUUCAUUUCAAUCUUUCAUCACCCUCAAAGC